AUGGCGACAAACGCGACAUUCAGCGCACCGCAGCUAUUCGAGACGCUUUACGGCGCCACGGAUCUCGCUGCCCUUAACUGGUUCGAGAAACAAUGGGUCGCCUGGUAUAUCUGGAUCGGCAAUCCAGUCAUUGCCACCGGCCUUAUGAGCUUUCUCCUGCACGAAUUUGUCUACUUUGGCAGAUGUAUCCCGUGGAUAAUCAUCGACGCUAUCCCGUACUUUAGGCGGUGGAAGCUGCAGCCUAACAAGAUACCUACACCAAAAGAGCAAUGGGAAUGCACGAAGCAAGUCUUGUUCUCCCACUUCACGAUCGAACUACCAGCCAUCUGGCUCUUCCACCCAAUGGCAGAAUCUAUCGGAAUGGCUACGUACCAAGUCCCUUUCCCCGACUGGCGCACUAUGCUCCCACAGGUCGCUUUCUGCUUCGUCUUCGAAGACUUCUUCCACUACGUCGCACACCAGGCGCUUCACUACGGCCCCCUUUAUAAACACAUCCACAAGAUCCACCACAAGUAUUCUGCUCCAUUCGGUCUGGCCGCGGAAUACGCACAUCCAGCGGAAGUGUUCAUCCUAGGCACGGGGACAAUCGCGGGGCCUCUCCUCUACUGCUUCUUCUUCGGCAACCUCCAUAUCGUCACCGUGUAUAUCUGGAUCACCUUGCGUCUAUUCCAGGCUAUCGACUCGCACAGUGGAUAUGACUUCCCCUGGUCGCUGCAGCACAUCGUUCCCUUCUGGUCCGGCGCAGAGCACCACGACUUCCACCACAUGGCCUUCACGAACAACUUCUCCACCUCCUUCCGCUGGUGCGACAGGCUGUUCGGCACGGACACGAAGUACCAGGAAUACCGCGCCCGCGUGAAGGCGAUGAAGACCAAGAGCGCUAACAAGGAAGACUUCCAGAGAAUGGAGAAGAAGCUGAUGGAGGAAGUGGAGAAGGAAGGCCAGAUUGCGGAAAGGGAGGUUGAGAAUGGCGUCAAAGCGAAGAAGCAGUGA